CAAUAAUUUACCAAUUUUAAAUAUAGGGAAUCUGGGUCCCACUUCCCCGCAGCUCCUCUACAGAUGAAUUGAUUAAUAGUACACAAAAAACUGAGCAUAAAAAUAAAGAAAAGUACAACGCGGUGCGAGAAACUCUGAUCAAUAAAUUCUCCGACACUUCGUCUCAACAACCUUAGAAUCUUGUUUCCUCUAAAAAGUCAAUUUUUUCAUUUUUUUCCCCCCGAUAAACUUGAUCAGUUGCUUAUCUUCUUAUUUUCUCUGGUAACAAUUGAUCUGCAGCUGUCGGCAAGAGGAUUAUUCAUUUAUUCGGUGGUGAGGAUAUUUAUUUUACCUUUCCGAAACAAGUGUUUGUUGAAAUGCCCCAGUGACCUCAGUGGCCAGUGCAUGUGUUUUGGGCUAUGGGUUCCUGAUAAAUCAAGUUGGGUAGUUAUAAAAAUUUGUCAUUUAUAUCUAUUUUGGGAAAGAGAAUCUUGUAAAGGUGGAUUUCUGACAUGGGUUUUGCUUGAAAUGGGUGUGCAAAUUAUAAAGUUUCAAUUUUGGUGCUGUUAAACAUUACAGUAGAUGCCAUUUAUUAUUUGAGAGAGUUUGAUUGGGUAAAUAGAGCAAUUGGGAGAUGGGAUCUGGUAAUGGGUUUUACAAAGGGGAAGAGUUUACUUUGGACCCCAAAUGGUUGGUGGAUCCAAAGCUUCUCUUGGUCGGACCGAAGAUUGGAGAAGGAGCUCAUGCCAAAGUUUACGAGGGAAAAUACAAAAACCAGAACGUUGCCAUCAAAAUUGUUCAGAAGGGAGAGACACCUGAAGAGAUUGCUAAGAGGGAGGGCAGAUUUGGAAGGGAAGUCGAAAUGCUUUCCAGAGUCCAACACAAAAAUUUGGUUAAGCCUGUAAUGGUUAUAGUAACUGAGCUUCUACUUGGGGGGACAUUACGAAAAUAUUUGAUUAACUUGCGACCCAGGUGCCUCGAUAUGCGGGUGGCUAUCGGGUUUGCACUUGAUAUAGCUCGGGCAAUGGAAUGUUUACACUCACAUGGAAUUAUACACCGUGACCUUAAACCUGAAAAUUUGCUAUUGACAGAAGAUCAUAAAACUGUAAAACUUGCGGAUUUUGGUUUGGCAAGAGAAGAGUCAUUGACUGAAAUGAUGACUGCUGAGACUGGAACUUAUCGCUGGAUGGCUCCAGAGCUCUACAGUACAGUGACACUAAGGCAUGGAGAAAAGAAGCAUUACAACCAUAAAGUGGAUGCCUACAGCUUUGCAAUUGUGCUGUGGGAGCUCAUUCAUAACAAGUUGCCAUUUGAAGGCAUGUCUAAUUUACAGGCUGCUUAUGCUGCUGCUUUCAAGAAUGCAAGGCCGAGUGCCGAGAACCUUCCGGAAGAACUCGCGUCAAUCGUGACACUAUGUUGGAAGGAAGACCCAAAUGAUCGCCCGAACUUCACCCAAAUCACACAAAUGCUCCUCCGAUAUUUGUCGACAAUCUCGCCUGUCGUGCCACAUAGGAUUUUCACUUCAGAUAGGAAUGCUGUUUUCCCACCUGAGUCUCCUGGGACGAGCUCGUUAAUGGCCAAGAGAGAUGAUAACAAUGGUGACACGCCGAAAACACCAAUGGAGGAUGAAGCUAGGAAUUCUUUCUUGUGCUGUAGUUAGAUUUAAAAUUAAUUGCUAGACUAAAGAUGUUUAAUUUUUCCUGUUAACUAAGUGUCUUUUGCAUGAAUUCUUGAUUAUGAAAAAUGUAGUUUUGAUUGGAAUUUUCCAGUUAUGGAUAGGGUACUGGAAAUUGGACCCAAAUCUGACUAGGAAGCAAAAACUUGUAUAUUGUAUGGAUUUUGGGCAAGAGCUGUUGUAUUAUAGUUGUGAAAUAAAGUGAAUUUUAAUCG